CACAGAUAAAGGACCGCUUGCGUCCGAGCAUCAACUGCAGCUCAACUCAACUCGUCUUUAUUUCAUUUUUAAAACGCCGUCAUCCCUUUUUCGGAUUUUAUUUAUUUGCCUUUGAACAAAGCCGAGAUCAGGAUAGGCGCUCUGGGAAAGACGCAAAGUGAUCCCACUCAGGUGUGGUGUGUUCAGGUGAAGCUGAUGGCACCAAAGACGCGCUCCUGACGUACCUCAAAACGCGCAACAUGGAUCCCAACGUUGGAUAACAACUGCUUUUCUACUCUUUCAUCCCACCACGUUGUACCUCAUAAGCGUAUUCUUAAUUACAAGCAUUUUGUGUUGGUAGAAGGAAAAAAAAAAUAAUGUUGGCUUUGGACGGGAUUCUAAGAGCAAGGCCGGACCGCAUUCAGAGUUGUGGAUCCCGAGGACUUACAUCCAAGUCGCGUCAGAACCCUUGUGCCGGAUCAAGGAUUUACUGUGUGUGUGUUUUGUUGCUGUUGCUGGUCACCCCAAGAGUGGAUUCAUCAUGGUGGUACAUUGGUGCACUGGGUGCCCGCGUGAUUUGUGACAACAUCCCAGCAUUGGUGAACAAGCAGCGGCAACUCUGUCAGCGCCACCCAGACAUCAUGCAGGCCAUCGGCGAGGGCACCAAGGAGUGGAUCAGAGAGUGCCAGCACCAGUUCAGACAUCAUCGCUGGAACUGCAGCACGCUGGAACGGGAUCAUUCUGUGUUUGGGCGGGUCUUGCUGAGAAGCAGCCGUGAAGCAGCGUUCGUCUACGCCAUCUCCUCCGCCGGGGUGGUGUACGCGCUUACUCGCGCCUGCAGCCAAGGGGAGCUGAAGAUGUGUAACUGUGACCCGCACAAGCGAGGACGACACAAGGAUGAGCGAGGAGAAUUUGACUGGGGAGGAUGUAGUGACAAUAUCAACUACGGGAUCAGGUUCGCCAAAGCCUUCAUAGACGCCAAAGAGAGGACGGUACGAGAUGCACGGGCGCUCAUGAACCUGCACAAUAACCGCUGCGGCAGAACGGCAGUCAAGCGUUUCAUGAAGCUGGAGUGCAAAUGUCACGGUGUGAGCGGUUCAUGCACACUACGGACAUGCUGGAUGGCCAUGUCGGACUUCAGGAAGACCGGCGACUACCUGAGGAGGAAAUACAAUGGAGCCAUUGAGGUGACAAUGAACCAAGACGGCACAGGCUUCACCGUCGCGAAUAAAGCCUUCCGCAAAGCCACCAAAAACGACCUGGUCUACUUUGAGAACUCGCCGGAUUACUGUCUUCAGGACAAGUCGGCAGGUUCCUUUGGCACUGCCGGGCGGGUCUGCAACAAGACAUCACGCAGCACAGAUGGAUGCGAGGUCAUGUGCUGUGGGCGGGGCUACGACACCACCAGAGUCAAACAAGUCAACAAGUGCGAGUGCAAAUUCAAAUGGUGCUGCGCCGUGGAGUGCAAGGACUGUGAGGAGGAUGUGGAUAUACACACGUGCAAGGCUCCCAAACGAGCUGAAUGGUUGGACAAGACCUGAGAUCACGCCCCCUUCCCGAGACGGAACCCCAACCCUUCCCCCUUUGCAGGCCAUCCUGUGGAAAAAUGGCAUUCUGGGAAAGUGUGUCUGAAAGCACUCUGCAUCUUUGCCAUCCCUUGCCCCCGUCUGGGUUCAUCCUUGCAUGGCUUAUGUACCUGUUUGUGUCAAAGUGUUAGAAUCCCGUGUCCGCCAGUAUUGGUAAAUGCCCAUUAGUAGUGUGAACUACUGGGACCAGAGGAUGAACAGUGGAAGAGUUGAAUCUUGAGGCUGAGAUGGAUCGGAUUCAAUGUUUCAAGUCAUUUGGAAUUUUUUUUUUUGUAGCGUGUCGUUCUGGGUUCGAAAUGGUUUGCUGAUUUCAUAAUACUUUAAAGACUUUAAAUGAGCCCUCAAACCAGUAUUAUAACAACAUCCUGCAGUAUACUCACAUACAAUAGGUUCCUUUGUUUUUAUGGGAGGGGAAGGACAUUUUUACACAGAAAGAAAUGUUGGUUGUAGACUUGCUGCACUUUGACCAGCGGACACCGAAACAUAAAGAUGUCAAAACCAAAUCCUUGAAGAUGAAGGAAAACAUGGAGAUGGACGCUAGUUGACGUAUAAACGGACAGAUAAGUCAUUGGAACUUUGGGUUGCGACUGUAACAAAAAUUGGAAAGCUUUUUAAAUGAUUUAUUUAAAUAUUAUGAUUUGUCGACAAGAGGAGCGUGCUCUUGUUCCAGUGGCAUUGCAGAGAAGAAGAAGCGAGAAGAUACACACAGUAACCAAAAGUCAGAUUUCACUUAUUUGUUCUUGAGCUUGCUUGUAUAACAUUGUGUACUAUAUUGCCUUAUCCAAACAGAUGUUCAUAUGAAAUAUAUGGUUAGAAUGACAUCGGAAUCUUGUGUUUUUCAUUUGUACAAACAAAUGUAACAUCUAAGAAAGAUGCAGAGACUUUGCAGACCUGUGGUUUUCAGAGUGCGAAGCGAGAAAAGACAGCAGGGGAUGUGGUGGGGGGAGCUUGAAAAAAAAAUAA